AUGCGUUAUAAUAAUUCUCGUCCUACAGAAGAAUGUCCUUUAACAAAAAGUAGAAGUUAUAAAUACAUGUUAAAUAUGUACUGUGGAGAUGGUCUAAAAUUCAUUAUUAGUUGUUUCACUAUUUUGACUAUUUCUAUCACAACAACAUUAAUUUUACAAAUCUUAUAUGCUGAUGGAAGUCCACAGGAUAAAGCUGGUAUUCAUGGUGCAGUUGCAACAGAUUAUACAAAUUGUUCACAAAUUGGAACUAAAAUAUUGCGAAAAGGUGGUAAUGCAGUAGAUGCAGCUGUAGCAGCUACUAUUUGUAUGACAGUUGUAGCUCCACAUAAAACUGGUUUGGGUGGGGGUGGUUACAUAAUGGUAUAUAAUCAUAAAGAACAGAUAGAACCAAUCAUUAUUGAUUUUGCCAGUAAUACAAUAGAAGAUAGUCUUUUACAAGAUGGAAUACGUAUACCAGCAGUAUUACGGGGAUUAGAAUAUGCACAUACACUAAAAGGUAAAUUACCAUGGAAUGAAAUUGUUAAACCUUCUGUAUCUUUAGCCAAAGGUGGAUUUGUUGUAUCAAAAGAAUUAGCAAGUGAAAUAUCAAAAAAUAUUGAUUAUGAAAUUUUAUAUGGGCACCUUAAUGCAGGAGAUAUACUAAAGUUACAUGAUCUUAGUAACAUGUUAAAUGCUGUGGCAUUGCAAGGAACUAAUGUACUCUACAAUGGAACUUUCUCACAAAAUCUUCUACAUGAUAAAAUUAAACUUUCAAAAUUACUUUCAAAGCUAAUAUAUUAUGAACCUGAUAUAUAUAUAGCAAAAAAGUUAAGCUUUUAUAAACAUACAAUAUAUUAUCCUCCACAUAUGUCGUUAUUAAAGUCAAUGAUCACAGCUCUGGAAAAUCUUAAAAUAUCUACUGAAAAUAUAUCUACAAUAGGAACAGAGAUACAAAUAGCUAAAGCAUUAAUAAAUGCAGUUUUAACUCCAGUACAAUUAAGACAAUUCGUUGAAGAAGAAAAAUAUACUGGAGUUAUUGCAAUGGAUUGGGAAGAUACUUAUGUCUGUAUUAUAACUGGACUAAGUGCACCAUUUGGUCUUGGAUAUAUGUCAAAUGCAGGUUUUCUGUUAGAUAAAACUGAUACCAAUAAUACUUUAUCUAUGCUUAGUCCAAUAAUUUUUCAUAGUGAAAAAGCAUUAUGUGGAUUACGUGGAGUGUUUGGAACUGAUGAUAUAUUGAUUAUUGGACAAUUAUUAUACAAUAUUAUAGUGCGUCAAUUAAAUGUUUCUGAAGCUAUUGAAUAUCCAAGAUAUUACUUUUCUUCAGAUGGACUUGCUGUAGAAAAUGACCAAAAACAUUCUGUAAAUAUGUUAAUACGAAAUCAAUUAAAUUUAAUGAUGUCAACACAUUUGGACACAGAUUUAGUAUUAAAAAGUGUGAAUGCAAUCAUAAAAAGAAAAGAUCUAAUGUCAAGUCAUUCAGAUAGUCGUGGUGGUGGUCUUGCAUCAAGAUUUUAA